AGCGCGAAUUUACUGACCGGAAGGUCAGUGGUUCGAACCCGACCUCUGCCUCUACUUCCCCUGUCUAGGCUUGGGCGCCCUGGCAGUAUUCAAGCCCUCGUGCCUCCUUCAUGUGGCAUGGCAGCUAGGCACCGAAAGGGUGCUACAGCUGGACGACUUACUAACCACAAGCUUGGGCAACCUGGCAGUAUCCCAGCCCUCGUUCCUCCUUCGGGUGGCUUGAUAGCUAGGCACCGAAAGGGUGCUGCAGCGGAACGGUUUUUCUCCGUUAAUCUACGGUGA